AUGUCGGUGGGAACGUCUGUGCUGGGCUCCCUGCAGAUUGGCUACCACACCGGCAACGUGAACGCUCCAGCCAAGAUAAUUGAGCAGUUCUUCAACAACACCUGGAGAUCGAGACAUAACCAGUCAAUGCCAGACCAAAGCUUGACUUUUCUUUGGUCUCUCUCUGUCAGCAUCAAGGACUUUGGAGCCCUCCUGGGGUCCCUCGGAGUCAAAUACUUGGCGGACUCCUAUGGCAGACGGAACUCCAUCCUCAUUGUGAAUGCCCUGUCUGUGGCGGGAGCGAGUUUGAUGUUCCUCUCCAAGGCCAGCGAAUCUUUCGAAGUUCUCAUCAUGGGACGCCUGGUGUUUGGGUUGUUCUGUGGCUUGGUCAUGAGCCUCAACCCCCUCUACAUACAGGAAGUGUCCCCAACAAACCUGAGGGGGGCGUUUGCUACCCUCAACCAAGUGUCGUUUGCUUCAGGCAUCUUCAUUGGAAUGGUGGUGGGCCUGGAGACAGUUCUGGGUACAGAGCAGUACUGGGCCUUGAUGCUUUCCCUGUCUCUCAUCCCAGCCCUCCUGCAGUAUCUAGUCCUGCCUCUCUGCCCAGAGAGCCCUCGCUACUUGCUCAUCAACCAGGGCAAGGAGAGCCAAGCAGAAGCUGCCCUACUAAGACUGAGAGGCAGCCUAGACAAGGUGUACACUGAGCUGGAGGAGAUGAAGGACGAGGCAGCACACACCCAGACCGGGGUCACCAUCCACGAGUUCUUCAGGAAGCGCAGCUACAGACAACCAAUCAUCAUCGUGCUCUUUGUCAACCUGGGCAGCCAGCUGUCUGGAUUCAAUGCGAUCAUCAAUUAUUCCACCAAGAUGUUCCAGGCCAGGUUUGACGAGGCCAAAUUUCUGACUCUGGGUGUCGGUGCGGUCAAUGUGAUCUUCACUUUGGUGGCAUUCUUCCUGAUGGAAAGAGCAGGGAGGAGGCGACUGCUUCUGACUGGCUUCAUAUCCAUAGCAGUGUGCAACCUACUGAUGACUAUUGUCGACUCUGUUCUGCACCUGGUUCCAGACCUGCGCAGCCUCCAGGUCCUGGUGGUUUUCUGCCUGAUUUCCAUGUAUGAACUGGGCCCCGGGCCCAUCUCCUGGUUCAUCGCCGCUGAGCUGUUUGACCAGCCCAGCAGACCCAUCGCCAUGGCCUUCACCAGCAUGCUGAACUGGGGGGGGAAGUUCUUUUUGGCUCUCCUUUUUCCUCCGCUACUGAAGGCGUGCAGUGCGUACGUCUACCUCCUCUUCAUGGCCGUGGCUCUUGCUGCGUUCACCUUUACCUGGAUACGCCUACCCGAGACCAAGGGGCGCACCUUCGACGACAUAGCGGAAGAGUUUAGGGGAGCAGAGGGAAUCCCCUUGCACGAUAAGCCUCGCUUCAACACCUUCUCUUGACGGGCCCGUCCCCUUUGACCCUGCUCAUGCCUCCCCUGGUAGCGUAUCGAACGGACGGGACAUUCUGCACCACAUCAGGGCACUGACGGGUUGAAUCCCUCCCUCGGGGGAAAAUUCAGACAGUAUAUGACUGUGUGUCGUGGUAGCGGUCUACUUUUGGUUUAUGAAUGAUGGCGUUCUGGAGAACAGGUUUCCUUCGUGUUGAC